AUGGUUGCCAGCGUAACAGUCGAGUCAAUCAAGACUAAAGAUGAUUCUUUACCAUCAUCAACUACAGUACAUUCAAGUUCACAUGGUUCUCAUGUAUUACCUGCUAGUAAAUCGUUAUUAGUAGAUCCAGGUAACCAUCCAGAUGAUCAUUUUAAAUCAAAGAUGUCUCCUUUACGAUUCCAUAUUAGAAAAUACUUAACUCAAUUUACGAAUCACCAAUCAAUAUAUUUAUCACGUUGGCAAAAUAAGUCCUCUACUAAAUUUCGUGAUCUUUAUUUCUUAUAUACAGCAUUGUUAGGAUCUCAUACGUUUUAUGUUUUAUUUUUACCUAUGCCUGUAUGGUUUGGUUAUUUUGAAACCACAAGAGAUUUAGUAUAUUUAUUAGGUUAUUCAAUCUAUUUAUCAGGUUUCUUAAAAGAUUAUUGGUGUUUGCCUCGCCCUCAAUCACCUCCAGUGGAACGUGUCUCAUUGAGUCCCUACACCACAGAAGAAUAUGGUGCACCAAGUUCACAUUCAGCAAAUGCUACUGCUGUAACAUUAUAUUUCUUAGUUCAUUUAUAUCAAACUGAUAAUUCUACCAUAUCAAUGAUGGCAAAAUGUGGAUUUACAUUAUUGAUCCUUUUCUAUUAUGCUACUUUGGUUUUAGGUAGAUUAUAUUGUGGGAUGCAUGGUCUUCUAGAUAUUAUCACAGGUUCAUUAUGUGGUAUAAUAACAUAUAUAAUACGUAUGUGGUUAAGAAAUUACUUUACUGAUUUUGAAAGUGGUUCUCUUUGGUGGUUUCCAAUAGUUAGUUUCUCAUGGGGUUUAUUCAUUCUUUUCAAACAUGUUAGACCAAUUGAUGAAUGUCCUUGUUUUGGUGAUAGUGUGGCUUUCAUCGGAGUUGCAUCAGGUUAUGAAUGUGGCGAUUGGUUCUUACAACAAGUGGCACCUUUAAUGAAAAGUGAUAAUUUUACUGUAGAUGGUCCUAAAGUUUUCUUAAGACCAUUUGUAGCGGUUCCUAUGGUUCUAAUAUGGAAAUCUGUUAUUUCAAAACCAUUAGUUUAUAAUACUUUGAUUAAGAUUGUUCACUUAAAAGAUGAUAGACUUGAAAAAUCUGAAUUACGUAUUAAAUACAAGAAAUUAACUGAAGAGAACAAUGAAUGUGCUGCACACAUUGGCGAAGCUAAUAUUGAUAUUGUAGCAAGAUAUAUCAUAUAUAUGGGUAUCCCUAUUACCGUCACAGUUGCGUGUCCAUAUGCAUUCACUUUGUUAGGGCUAUAG